UACAGAAAAAAAGAUACAGUUUUUGUACUUUGUUUUACAUUUAAUUUCCAUUAAUGGCUAUUCCGGUGAUUGAUUUUUCAAAGCUCGAUGGCGAGGACAGGGAGAAAACUUUGGCUCAGAUAGCUCACUGCUGUGAAGAGUAGGGAUUCUUUCAGUUAGUGAACCAUGGAAUCCCCGAGGAGCUCCUGGAGAGGGUGAAGAAGGUGGCAUCUGAAUGCUACAAAUUGGAAAGAGAGGAGAAUUUCAAGAAUUCAAAGCCUGUAAAGCUUCUAAAUGAAUUGGUGGAAAAGAAAAGUGAGGACAAAUUGGAAAAGUUGGAUUGGGAGGAUGUUUUCCUUCUCUCAGAUGACAAUGAAAAUGAAUGGCCAACAAAGACUCCUGGAUUCAAGGAAACGAUGAAGGAAUACCGAGCUGAACUGAAAAAACUGGCAGUUAAAGUUAUGGAAGUAAUGGAUGAAAACUUGGGAUUACCAAAAGGGUACAUCAAGAAAGCCUUUGAAGGAGCAGGAGAAAAUGAAACCGCCUUUUUCGGCACUAAGGUGAGCCAUUAUCCGCCAUGUCCUCACCCCGAAAAGCUGACUGGCCUCCGGGCACACACUGACGCCGGUGGCAUCAUCUUACUAUUUCAAGAUGAUGAGGUUAAAGGGCUUCAAAUUCUGAAAGAUUGGGUAUGGAUUGACGUCCAGCCUAUGAAAAAUUCUAUAGUGAUAAACACUGGGGAUCAGAUAGAAGUCCUCAGUAAUGGUAGAUACAAGAGUGUUUGGCACCGGGUUUUUGCCUCCGCUGAUGGGAAUAGGAGAUCAAUUGCUUCAUUCUAUAAUCCAUCACUCAAGGCUACCAUAGAACCAGCUCAAGAACUUGUUGAGAAAACUGACAAGCAGGUGGUGGAUUCAAUUUACCCCAAGUUUGUGUUUGCGGAUUACAUGGCGGUUUACACUGAACAAAAGUUUCUUCCAAAAGAACCAAGAUUCCAAGCUGUGAAAGCUAAGUAAGGAAGAUAAGUAAUUAUAUAGUUUCCAUUUUUGUUUCCUUUCCACUGUUUAUGUGUUGGGGUGGGAUGGGUAGGUGGUGUAAGGGUAUGGAAGUUGUGCCUUUUUUAGCAAAAUGCUAUGUUGGCAUGUUAUUUCUCAGCAUCUGUUUUUUAUGUGCAAUUUAAAUUCUAAAGUUGUGGUGUCAAGGUAAGCGGUCUACGCAAAUUACUUAUGAUUAUUGACUAAUA